UCUAAUGCGUUCCAGAAUGAAUCGACAAUUGCAAUUCACCUUAAUACGUCGACUGUCACGAACUCAGGAUGCCCUUCGAAGAUCUCUGUGUUCAGGUGCAGUGACCUCACCGAGGGAUUGCGCGGUCGAUCAUGAUGUUGUCUCGAACGAAGUGAGGCCUUACGAGGAAAUUCCAGGACCAAAACCCGUUCCAAUUUUAGGGAACACAUGGCGUCUGUUCCCUGUUAUCGGUCAAUACCAAAUAUCGGACGUUGGGAAAUUGUCACAGAUAUUCUACGACGAGUACGGGAAGAUUGUUCGUUUGACUGGUUUAAUAGGUCGACCGGAUCUGUUGUUCGUGUACGACGCUGACGAGAUAGAAAAAAUCUACAGACAAGAAGGACCGACGCCUUUCAGGCCGUCGAUGCCGUGUCUGGUGCAUUACAAGGGCGUAGUAAGGCAAAAUUUCUUUGGCAGUCUACCUGGCGUCGUUGGAGUACACGGCGAGCCAUGGCGAGAAUUUCGUACGAGAGUACAGAAACCUGUUCUCCAGCCGCAGACAGUGAGAAAGUAUAUAGCACCCAUCGAAGUAGUCACAUCUGAUUUCAUAAAAAGAAUUGAAGAGAUUAAAAAUGAAGAUGGAGAAAUGCCAGCAGACUUUGACAAUGAAAUACAUAAAUGGGCUUUAGAGUGUAUAGGUCGAGUUGCUCUUGAUGUGAGAUUAGGAUGUCUAGGAGGCAAAUUGGCACCAGAUUCAGAACCCCAGAAGAUUAUUGAUGCAACAAAGUUUGCUUUAAGAAAUGUAGCUGUGCUGGAGUUGAAAGCUCCUUAUUGGAGAUACAUUCCCACUCCACUCUGGUCUAGAUAUGUGCGCAACAUGGACUAUUUCGUUGAAGUAUGCAUGAAAUACAUUGAUUUAGCAAUGGAGAGACUGAAAACGAAAAAAGCUCUCGACGAGUAUGAUUUGUCUCUGGUAGAAAGAAUUUUGACCAAGGAAACUGACCCUAAAAUGGCUUACAUACUUGCUUUAGAUUUAAUCUUAGUUGGAAUAGAUACAAUUUCUAUGGCUGUUUGUUCAGUAUUGUAUCAAUUAGCAACUAGACCAGAAGAACAGGAAAAAAUACAUCAAGAAUUGGUAGAAAUUCUUCCUGAUCCAUCUGUUCUUCUCACUACCAGUCACCUUGACAAAGCUAUUUACAUGAAAGCUUUUAUUCGUGAAGUUUUCAGAGUAUAUUCUACAGUGAUUGGAAACGGUAGAACAAUGCAACAUGAUACUAUUAUUUGUGGCUACAGAGUGCCAAAGGGGGUGCAAGUAGUGUUUCCAACACUGAUAACGGGAAACAUGGAAGAAUAUGUAACAGACUCAAAAAUGUUUAAGCCAAUGAGAUGGCUAAAGGACUCUCCUGAUAAAAGAUUGCAUCCUUUUGCAUCGUUACCUUACGGUCAUGGUGCACGUAUGUGUUUAGGUAGAAGGUUUGCUGAUUUAGAAAUGCAAGUUCUGCUUGCCAAGCUAAUAAGAUCUUAUAAAUUAGAGUAUCAUUAUGAACCAUUGAAAUACAAAGUUACAUUCAUGUAUGCUCCUGAUGGGGAACUCAAAUUCAAAGUAUUACCAAGAUAA